CCUCGACGAUUUGUGUACCACUGGUUCUGCUGAUGAAAUUGGCACUCAACUAAGCUUCAAUCAAUGUCGUCGGUCGUCUGCUGAAACAAAGUAGUAAGUACUUCUUAAGUAUGUGUAUGAUACUUGAACUUGAUCAGUGUGGUAACUAAUGGUUGUCAAUAAAGGGCUGACGAUGUGGUGUAUUGCAGUUAUUGGAGAAAAAUACUCAGCAACCAAAAAGCCUAUGUUACUUCAAAAUUUUCCGGGUAAAGAUAUUGGUAAUUUUCUAGUACAUUAGUUCUUCAUUCCUCGUUGAUCACUUUUUACGUGGUUUUGCUGCUGAUAGAAAUCGAUUUUAGUUUUCCUCUUGCUUUCUUGAUGGACAACUUUUUAGCACAUCAAAGACUAGGUGAAGAUGUGCAUGCUACUGCUCUCAUCGCGCAGCGGGUGCCGAAGUAGAACUGAAGUCGGGAAUGCACUGCGUACAAGACUCUCAGCUAUUUGGUUUUAGGUGAGCUGUGGACCUCGUUUGAUUCUUAUCUCCGUCACAGGCUGAACUCAUGUGUACUCGUAGAUAGUCUCUUGUAAAAUAAGAUUACUAACAAGAACUAUAGAAGUAGAUAGCAGGAUACUUGAUGAUCGUUACUCUUUUCUCUUUUCUAUCUUCCUCUGGUCUUUAAUUCUUUUUUCUAGUUAGGUCGGCUCCGCCACAAGAACUAUAGAAGUAGAUAGCCUAAAGCCCUCGCUUCUUUAACUUUAUGUUGCAGUUUCUAGUUGUACCACAUCAACAAUCGAUGAACAAGAUGAAGGAAUGAAAAUCAUGUUGGAGACUGCUAGUUCUAAAGCGUUAGUUAACGCGGUGGUGCAGGAUGCCUCGCUCUGCAAACACCGGCACUGGAGAAGGAGGUGAAGAGGAACCAGGUGAAGGCGAACAAGGAGGUGAAGGUAUUGAAGAAAGUGAAAGGGUAAUUAAGGGUAGGUCAAAGGUGCUUUUCUUACCGCUUUUUAUGCCUCUCCUAAGGGAGAAAGGCAUAACAAGCGGGGUAAGCGAGCACCAAAAACCUACCUCUAAGGUAGCCAAGAAUGGCCAGGCAGCUUAUGGAGGUGCGCAUAAUAGCGACGCGACUUCCAAGGGUCCUUCCAGCGUCGUGAUGACAACCACAAUUAAGGCUACCAGAAAUCCAGCUUCACAGGCAUCCUGAGACCGUUUCCAAUGGGAGAAAGGUGCUAGGAUGUUGCAGCUCAGGACGGAUUUCGCUUAGCUCUAACGCAACAGCACCACCUCCCUCCACCUCCAUCGCUAGAGCAGAGACCUCUAGUGCGGCUAGACCACCAGGAGGAGGAAGCACGAAUGAUUUUCAAAACAAAAAUGAGUAUCUUCCGUAUGUAGACGCGCAGGUGCGAGCAAGACUGGCUUUGUUGCAGAGGAAAAAGAAUGGUGCAGAGAACAAGAGAACAAGAGUGAUCGUUGCUGCUAAUCGAUUGCCAGUGACAUUGAAGAUUAUGCUAUUUACAACAUGUGUCAUGUCGUUUGUUGUAGACUUAAUAUACUUCGAUGUUCUUCUACUUUGUUUUUCUCCAUAUUCUUGUUUGUGGGUAAUCAAAAGCAUAGUACGAAAUCAACUAUGAGGGCUAGAAGUGUUGAUGCUUCUGGUAGCUUGAACUUCUAAUUCUUAAAGCGCAGAAACAGGAAGAUGGAGUGGGACCAAGAGCAGUGGGGGUCUAGUUACCGGCCUCAGCGCUGUCAGGGGGAUGGAUAUGAUAUGGGUUGGUUGGUGCGGCGCCGAAAUCCCCGAAGAUGAUAGAAAAGAAGUCUUAGCUUUGCUGAAGUUAAGGAGUCAGAUUGAGGAAGCUUUGUUGUUGUAUUUGUCUUAGCUUUGCUGAAGUUAAGGAUUCAGAUUGAGGAAGCUUUGUUGUUGUAUUUGUUUCUUUCGUCGCAUCGAUUCAUCCUGCCGGUAGGUGCGGCAAACCUAUUUCGGAUGCACAGAAUAGAAUGCUCUCAAUUUCUCUAGAAAGAUGUUGACCUCUCGUCUAAUGUCCAGUUUCAAUUGUUAUCCAGUGUGGCUGUCGCAACAGGUUAUCAACCUCUACUACAAUGGGUUCGCGAACAACGUCAUCUGGCCACUUUUCCACUACGUCAUGCCACCACUGCCGGUAUAUGCACCUUUGUGCUUGUGACGUUGUCUUCGCAAGAACAUGAGCUACGACACGACGUGUAGUUCGCGACUCCUUUUUUCAUAAUUGCAGAAGCACGGAGUAGAGGUGUAGUAGGUGUACUACUAUGACCUCUGCGUCCGAAAAAUAUCAAGACCUCGUGGUCAACAUCUCAUAAGAAAAUACGAUCAAAAUGAAUCAGUCUUAUCUUUCCUAAGGUUCAUGGCGAAAACGAGACGUUUUUUGAGCAGUGGUUGGCCUAUGAAUUCGCGAAUGAGAUGUUUACCCAGGCCAUUGCAGAGGUGUACGAGCCCGACGCGUGUGUCUGGGUCCAGGAUUAUCAUUUGAUGCUCGUACCUCGACAGUUUCGGCAGAGAUUUCCUGAUGCGCAUAUCGGCUGGUUCCUGCACACCCCGUUUCCUGCGUCCGAGUACUACAGAACGCUAAAAGUGCGGGAAGAGUUGCUAUACGGAGUGUUGAGUGCGAAUUUGGUGGCCUUUCACGUCUACGACUACAUCAGACACUUUCUGAGCAGUGUCGUGCAAUUGACGAGUCUGGAGACGAGUCCGACUUUAGGGCUAUCUUGGAUACUAGAUAGUUGUACAAAUAACACCAUGAAGAUUCACGAAAUUAAGUGAGCAGUUCAUCUUGUUCUAGAAACAUAGUCAGAAGGUGUUCAACAUUCGUUUGGCUCUGCCAUUGGCAAUGUGGCCUUGGUUACAAGCAAGCGCUCACUUGGCGAACAAAACACUAGCACUGAUCCUUAAAUUUCUACGACAUCCACAUCUAAUGAUUGGGGUAGACGCAACGCCGAUAGGAGGAUGCUUCGUAAAAUGUGCCACGAUCCCUAUUGGGAUAGAACCAAGCCUGUUCGUGAAAGCACUAGCAGAACCAACUGUCGAGGAGCAAGUCGAACUAUUAAGCGAGCAAUUCGAUAGGAGAAAGGUAUAAGUAAAGCGUGUGUGUUUGAAUGAAGAAGUUCAGCAGCCCGAAGCCCUUGCGCCGCAUCCGCGUGGUCUACGCGCGUGGGGUUCUUUCCGCGUGGCUGGUCUAUCUACAUCCGCCAACCUCGCACAGCGAGGGCCCGGCGCAGAUACGUCCCCGGACGGCCUCAGGAGGUUGCCCGAGCGAUGGUCCCGGGGCUGCCUGAAAUCUACGCAAGCAAAAUAGGGACGCCGGCACCCGCGCGCCACCAAGCGAGGAAGAGACAGAAAGUGGGGCCCCCAGGUGAUCGAAAGCGCCGCAGGGACUGCAGGCUCGCCCGGCGGUGUCGGUGAAUCAGCGCGGCCGAGCAGCUGGAAGCGUUUGGGUGCCCGCUGUAGAAGGACCCCACCCCGCCAAACUAUGAAUGGCGGCGAAGCAUGCGGCGCCAAGUGGGCGGGGCCUGGCCGCUAUAGAUGGCGGCACCUGGGUCCCUCGCAAUACUCGGGCUUGAAGGUAGUCGGUGCACCCAAAAACUUGACUGAUCUAAAUUUCCAAACUAUAGCGCUUUGCUCUAUCUCACUCUGCUGCGGGAUGCUAUGGCCACACGCAGGCGACAACUGGGAAAGGUAAGAAGGGAAGCCAGCGCUUCACUUGGGGCACUGCGGUGCUGCGUGGAGGCUUUGAAGUCUGGCGGCGACUGUGGUCGAGUCUUGCCGGUAGGGCGCGAGCCUUCUGGAGUGGCUGGAGAAAAACCACCGGCGCAAAAUUGGCCAAGUUGGCGAAUCCCCAGCGCAGGACGCUGCCAAGUGGUGAGGUCGUGCGAAUGUUGUUGCAGCUGCGGCGGAUAUCCGAGGGCGAUUAUUACAAAGAAAUGGAAACGGCAAGGCGCGCCUGGCUGGGUGUGUGUGUCGGUGUUCUUGGGUGGUAUCUUCAAACGUGCGGAGGCCUUGACAGUCUUGGACUUUGUGAGACUGUGAAGGACGAGAGAGCUGGGGGCAGCUCAAGGCAUUGACGACAGGAACAUCGGCGAAGAAAGUCAGGGGGGUCAUGGCCUAGGUUCGGAGCAGGUAGCGGAGGCAGCUUUGGGGCGUAGGCUAGGUGUGGCAUGGGUGGGAUGCUUACGCCGAACGGCUCGGAAAAGGCUGCAGCUAGGCCACCCGCUGGGUUCCGCGUUAUGGAAACAAGGCCCCCCGCUUCUAUGUAUCGCCGGUCUCUUCUAUGCUAACUACCGCCCGUGAGUGGAGUCUAUGGCCGCCUAGAAUAGAAGGAACGAGGGGACAGGCUGGCCACUAUGUAGCGAAGCGCGUUCUCUGCACCCGGGUGGGGCCCUCCAAUUGCGUGCGCGGGGGAGCAUGGAUGCUCCGCGCGAACUACGCGACGUCGCGGCUCGAAGUCGUUGGUCUGCAGCCCUUUGGCUUUCAGAAAGGUGCAGAGGCUGUGAGCCAAUCGCGGCAGGCGGCCAGUUACUGGCGCGGAGUAUGCAAGGACGAGAAGGGCGGGCGGGUGCUGCUUAGCUUGGCUGCUUUGGGUGUGUGCUGGGUUCGGUUGCGUUUUGCCGUGCCGUGGGAGCUUUGCUGUGGUUGGUGUAUGUGUCUAGAUUGGUCGGGCUUGUGGCUUGUUGUGGCUGUCUUCUUUCUCGCUGCUUUGGUUGUUGGGAUGCUACGCGCCUGGGCUUCCUUGUCCUCGUGUUUUUUCUAGUAUUGCUCUCAGAUGUGAUAAGCAGAAGCUGCUGCUGCCUUCGUUCAGGGCGCUUGCACUCGGACGCGGACCGUGUCCCCGCGUGUCGUGAGUACUUACUCUGGCUCUUCGCGAACAAUAUCAAAAUCCCACCAGGUAAUCUUAGGCGUGGAUCGAUUGGACUACAUGAAAGGCAUUCCGCACAAGCUUCGGGCGUUCGAUCGCUUCUUGAGCGACCAUCCCGAGUGGGUCGGUGACUGCGUAUUAGUGCAAGUUGCAGUACCCUCUCGGCAAGAUGUCAAUUAUGGGAAAAUGGGAGGAUUAGAAUUAGAGCUAGUGCUAGAGGAUACUCUAACGUGAAAGUACACAGUUAAAGUGAGUCUAGUAUAGGUAGCUUCAAUUAUGUCAGAGGCCAGUAAGUUUCAGCAUGAUCAAAUCCUUACAUGUACCUUACUCACUUAGAUGGAGAUAUAUGUCAGUGUCUAUCUCUCAUGUCUGCAUCCACCUCUUCUAAUCUCAAGAGUACCAGAAACUGAAGAAAUUGGUACACGAGAUGGUCGGAGAAAUAUGUGGGAGGCACAGUUCCCUCUCCUCCGCACCUCCAGUGGUCUACCUGGACAAAAGUUAAGGAUUCUUCCCUUGGUUAGAAUUAGAUGGAGGUAGCACGUAACACACAGAGAAACAGAAAACAUCAGACUCAGACGUGUAAAGCCGUUCUUAGUGGGAGAUGAUUCCUACACCUUUUUCUCGUUUCCUCUAACCCAUCGUCGGCGAGAAGGAGCUAGCGGCUUUGUAUCGAGUUGCGGACGUCUGCUUGAUUACGUCAGUGCGUGACGGGAUGAACCUCGUGUCCUAUGAAUUCGUCGCGUGUCAGGAAGGAAAGGUAAUUGAAAUGGAUUGUUGAAUGCACAUCUCUGGAUUAAUGCUUAUUUUUUAUCCUAGUACUCAACCUAGUACUCAACGUCAAACUCAAAACCACAUUUAGACUUACUCAAAAAGCCCACAUCAACAAAAACUAAAACUCCUUCUCAACUACAGCAUGGCGUCCUCAUUCUGUCCGAGUUCGCUGGCGCAGUGCAGAGUUUGGGAGCAGGAAGCAUCCGUGUGAAUCCAUGGGACCUGUCGGAGACUGCCGCUGCGAUCCACCAGGCCCUCACUAUGGGCGCAGAGGAGAAAGCUGCGAGACACGACUUCGCGUGGCGUAUUGUUCACAAAUACACUGCGCAAAAAUGGGCAGAGACGUUCAUUCAAACGCUGAAAGAAGCUACAGUGGAAAGCGAGGAGUUUACUGCGCGUGUGCCUCCGUUGUUGCCGUAUGAGGAGCUACUCGAAGAAAUGGCGUCGAGCAAAAAACGCCUACUGUUGGUCGACUUAUUAGAUUGUCUGGUGCCGAGUAAGGUGAAACGGAAUUUGCCGAUCAAGCUGUAUCAGUCCUUGCUGGUGGUGCCAGCGCAAGUCCUGAGCAGUUUAGCAGCAUUGGCUUACGAUCCAGACACGACGGUGGUGAUUGUUACCAUGCAUCAAAGGGCAGUGGUGGAGCGACUGUUUGGACACUUGCCGAUUAUAUUAGCAGCUGAAAACGGAUGUUCUUACCGUUCGUUAGACGGAGAGUGGCGGUCAAUUAAGGCUCACAGGAGUAAUUCUUUCGACAUUUCCAAAGUGACACCUCCAUCUUUUUCAUCUAUUCUAGUUCCUCCUUAUAAAUUUUAGGGUGGACAACUGAAAAGAUCUUCAAGAUGGGCCCAUCUUCAGAUGUGAGUUAAUGUGAGCGCUUCUAAGUCAAGUGUGGAUUCGGACACCAUGUUAGGCGCCGGCGAGUGGAUGGACGGUUGCAUGGAGAUUUUUACCUACUUCAAGGAACGAACCCCUGGCAGUUACACGGAGCGAACCGAGUACUCUGUGCAGUGGUACUUCGACAACACGCAGACGGACUUUGGAGCACAACAAGCACGAGAACUGCUCAUUUACCUAUGGGCAGGUCCGUUGGUUAAUUCGGAAGCAGAGGUGUGUGCGGGAUCUCGGUCUAUAUGCGUACGACCACAUGGAACCUCAAGAGCAGUGAAUAUCGUGACGAUUUUGAGAAACGAACUGGGGCAGGAGCUUCUGGAUUCCAUAGAUUGGGGCGCUUGUUUUGCCCAGGUACCCUUUAGAGACGACACGGUAUUCGAAGCUAUUGAAGAACUUUUGACUGUAGAGGUCGAUCAGCCGGCGCAAGAACAGGGAGUAGUGGCAACUGCGACAGCGAUUGCACCAUCUUCUGAUGAUCCUCCGAUGAGUACAAACACAAGUUCUCCUACUACAGACGACCAGAUACAGCUAGCGACAAGUGCGGCAGGGAUGCAAACAUCACCAGCACUAGUAGGCGACCAGCAUCUACCUCCUGAUCCUCUAAAGCAGCGCGAACCGGUACCAGAAGAUGCGCCCUCGUCAACGGACCUUCUGACGAAGGAACAAAGCAAGGAACACAAAACACCUGAUAAGAACGAAGAAAUGCUAGUUGAUCGCAACCAUACGAAGACAUCAGAAGGAUGGCAGUUAACUCCAAGUGAUGGUGAAUGGAGGAUAGAACAGGAUGGUACCAGUACAGGGAGCCCUCAGGACAGAACCCCUGCGUUGAGUGAGAGCAACGUGGGUCUUAAAAAGCAGGUUGUGUCAAGAAGUAGCGGCCAAAAGGGUCCUUGGGAUGUGAACAAUACUUCUGCGGAGCAGUGUCAAGGUCAGGCUAGUGCUUCAAGUUCGAGGAUGUGCAUGUUGUCUGAGCACAGGAAUCAUAAUAUGAAUUCCUCAGUCAUCAGCUUGCAAGAAGUGCUGGCAAAAGCGGUGAGUGGAGGAGUAGCCUCCGCAACCACAUCCGCGGCACCGCCACUGAUGUCAGCCUCAGUUAAGGCUCUAGUAGAUAAUUCAUCUUCUUGCAGUGCAUCUCUGACAAGCACAAGUGUCUAUAAUUCUGCUGGAAUAGAUGCUUACUCUCAAAGAUACUUACAGCAGGUCUCAAAGGUGAGUUCUCUGACAAGUGUCUAUAAUUCUGCUGGAAUAGAUACUUACUCUCAAAGAUACUUACUACAGCAGGUCUCAAAGGUGAGUUCUCUGACAAGUGUCUAUGUAUUCUGCUGGAAUAGGUACUUACUCUCAAGAAAGAUAUUUACUUACUUUCCUUAAGGAGACUUGACUGAAGUCCUCUCUACAUUCUUACUCCUUCGAAAUACUGAUCUUAGAAAGUCCUAGGUCCAUCUUAUUACUACUCUUACAGCACCAGGUCUCCUCAAAGGUGAUAUUUCAAUUAUAUCUGUUGACAGCUCUAACUUGACUGAAGAAGAACUCCACAAGAGCAAAGGAAUAAUUUCGAGGAAUGUCACAGUGCCUGUGCCUCCAGCGACAACAAUUGAGGUGGUGAUGAUGUUAAGGCUUCCCCUAAUCCAGCUCCAGAUGCAUCCUGGUGGGACGCUUCCUUGAAAGCGUCGCCAUCUCCAUAUCCCCAUCCAUUUAAGAGGAAAUACGUAUACACGUCGGUCCACCAGGAUGGCGACGUUUCAUUUUCAAGAGGAAAUAUACACGUCCAGGAUGGGGACGUUUUCCAAGGGGCAAAGGGACCCUCCAGGAUGUACUAUCUUGAGGAGAUGGAGAAUUAGUGCGAGCUCCUCUAAUGAUGGUGUCGAAUGAGAUGUGUUUUGGUAAUGUGAAUGAGCAAACUAAGGACAUCCAAGAACCAGAACCGCCGCCACCAGACUACUAUGACGUAGUCGUGCUAGAAAGAAGUUUUAGAGAAACAGAAACUGUUGAUCAGGACAACAAUAAAAAUGGUAGAGUUGGGGAGAGAACAGGACCACGUCGAAGUAGUGGUAUUGACGUUGGAGGUGAAACAGAUGUAGAAGAUGUGAGGAAAGAUCACAUCACUACAACUUCAGCCGAAGUCGCUUCAUCAAAAUUACAAUUUGAAGAUCGAGAAGAUGCUGAUGCAAAAGGAGCGAUGGCAGAUGGGUCCACAGGCACAGGCUCUUUCAUAUCAGCCACAAAUCAGCAGGACUCCUCAAGUGCUUUUGUAGAUACUGGGAUGGGCAACGUACUUCUCGUACCACAACCAGCAACGGAACAGGCGCCGGCCAGUGUUGUGGCAUGUCUCCUCCCACCGAAAUAUGACGAACACAUGCCUCCAGAGCAAACAUUAGUGCCUCUAGGAGGAUCAUGCAGUGCGAGUGCUGGCCAAUCUGUCCCAAUUAAUAGAGGACAAUCCACCAGUCGCACGGGUAAUAUUGAAUCAUCUCUUCUACAGCCGACGAAGACCAGUAGGGGAGCAAUAGCAGCUGCUGACAGCGAUGAUGGGACGCGUAGAUUAAGGGACUGUUUUUGUUUCAUUUUUGAAUCUUUUACUUUUCGUCUAAGCGAGUCCAACUCUCAAGAUUCUUACUUUGCUGCUUACCGGUUGUACUCUUUCGGUUCCAAAUCAGCUUUAUCAUGUUGAUACGAGCAACUACUAAGUACUUCUAACGACCCCUGCCUCCGGAGUCGUCGGCGAUGUCGAGCUUCAAGUUUAUCCUGUGGCCGAUACGAAUUUGCAAAAGUUGCCGCUCUUACCAGGCUUAGGAGGAAUUCCACUCUCAGGUCCCGACCAUCUCAGUGCACGUGGUGGAGCAGGCAACAAAAACAAGAGCAGGAGCACGCCUGCUGGAGUAGACGACCCACGGGGACCAGGAGGAACCCCAAGUGACGACUCAGACACUGCGUCGAUACGGACACCUGAUUAUCCCCACGACAAUCAAGAACUCUGGCCACGUGCGGAUGCCUUUGAGCCACCGCCAGCCUAUACAUUACCGGAGAAUAUUCCUCAGCGAAGUUUGGCUUUGAGCAUUACAAGUCGGAAGGGCGAUAUCAUGCGGAAAGACACCACGACACCAGCAAUGAGUGCAUCGACGACGGCAUCGACCUCUUCGAGCUCAGCGAUGAAUGCGAUUUUUAUGACUCGUACUCGUAGAUUCUACCUAUGUAUGAUCACAAUUAUUGUUAGUAUAACUAAAAGUUGGUGUGUCUUGUUAGCUGGCAUUUUGCUUCUACGCAGUGCAUUGCAUAAAUAAUUGGUUGAAAGGGUGGCAGCAUAUAGUCCUAACGCAAAAAAAAAAAAAUUCUACGGUGAUCACGGACGGUUAUAUCAGGAGCACACACAUGACAUACUUGUCAUCUUGUCUAAUCCGAACAACAGAGGAGCAGGACGAAGAGACCUACGACGUCCCGGGACGACUGCAAUUGCUGGUGGAAGUGGUGGUGGUGCCACUACCAAACCGAGUCCUCGCACAAGUCCUAGAGUAAAUGGUUCUUCGUCAAGCAGAGGUGCCUUAGCUCAAAUGGCAGGUCCGUCGGGUACGUCCAGUGCCUUAGCGCCUUCCGGUUCUGCGGCUUCCUCUAGUAGCAUGGGUCAUUCUUUAGGUCUCGAGGCCAAGAAAAAAUCUCCCAGAACAGUUGCAGCAGACGUUGGAAGCGCAACUACGACUAGCGGAGGCUUACUUCCGAAAGUGCAGUCGACACCAACUCUUCUAACUGACAAGCAACAACAAUUAGAAGGCCGUUCCGUCGAAGCACAAGUUUCCAAUAAAGCAAUGACACAACUCGCUGCUCCUUCUACUACCCCAGCCGCACCCACGACUUCUAUCAGCUACUUUUCCGUUUCUCUUGGCAAGCAGCCAAGUCGUGCGAGGUACUCACUGCCGAAUCCGUACCACGUCCAAAACUUGCUCCAGGCUAUGGUGGAACGCUUACCGCAAGCUGCUGCGCGCAGCCAAGAGCGUUCGCGGGCAGUGCUAGUGGGUCCAGAAAAAGAGCGGGUUUGAGCUGCGGAGUUAUACCAUAGUUGUAAAUUAUGGGAUGUUGGUAGAAAUAUAAUGUCAUUCUGAUUCCUCUCAGGCUCUUUUUCUUCAUGUACUAGCAGUAAGUAUGUAAUUAAUCAAACAAGUAAAACAUCAAAUAUAACUACUCAAAAGCAUAACGAUACGAACAAAUUAACCAACUACUUCUUUUUAAGCAAACAUCGUAACAAUAAUAUGAUAACAAGAGUAAAACUGAUUCCUUAUACUCCUAGCUUAGAAGCAUCAAGAAUAGCUAAGCAAGAUUAAGCAAGAUUUAGAUUAUCUCUCCGUCCAGAAUAGGAGUGGGAGUCGUGCUUCUCAACACUAAGAUUCUCUUUGUCUCAGCUCUCUUUCAUGUCAUCGCUAAGGCUAAAAACACUUCUUAACAUGUUCUUUCACAUGUCAAUCAUGUCUUGUUCUCAAGUUGAAGAUCUUCGCUUCUUCGCUUCACCUCUCUUGUAAAUAUCAACAUUAAGAAGUAGAACCAAUUCCUUUUUCUAUCUUUCCUAGGUUAGGUAGGUUGGCUCCACCACAAACAUUAGGAAGUAAGUAGAAUAUUGGCAUCUUCAAAGAACAAGGUCGUGCUAGCAGAGCUACUUAGAUUGAAAAAGCAUAUGACCCAGCAUUUAGCACUGAGUGCUAAGCACAGUGGAGUGUUAAGCUGUGGGAUUACCAUCGCAAGAAAAGACUAUGAUCGUAUAGGAAAUCCUCUAGGAUCCUAGCAUGGUCGUGGUCCUUCAGAGGUUACUAUAAUACGAACAUAGAAGAUGAUAGAUCC